AGAAUUCUUCGUGUUGUUUUUUUGUGAUGUAACACUAAUAUUUGUGUUGUGUAUUUUAUGUAGCUCCUCUAAAUUUUAGCGUUUAUCUCUCCUUGGAGCAUUGUUCUGUGAUAUUACCGCGUUAAGUGAUGGAGAAUGUAAAAGAUAACAACAGAAUCUUUUCAGGGAUCAAAUUUGGAUUAUUUAUGUAGAUGCUCAUUCAUACAAAACUGACUCCGAUCAUAUUUUCAUUUUACGACGGAGCUAUGACAGUCAAUUUCCAUUCAGUUGACGACAAAUUUAAUCCUCAGUUCUUUAGUCCAAAAUUCACUGUCAGUUUUAUUUCUACGAAAUAGUCUUAUUGGCUUUUUUGCUUGCGUUCCAUCAUGGGUAAUCAACUGGUCGGAAUAGCUCCGUCCCAAAUAUUCCCCGUCGAGCAUUACUUCACAGAUUUAGCAUCUCUUCAGUUCGAUAUUAACCUCGGCAGCACGCGGUUCUUCAAAGUGGCUCGUGCGAAGUCUCAGGAAGGUCUCAUAGUUGUGAAAGUUUUUGCUAUCCAUGAUCCGUCCCUACCUUUAGCUUCAUAUCGCAAUCGCAUCGAGGAAGUGAGAAUAAAAUUGGCCUCCGCUGUGAAUUGCCUAGCAUUCCAAAGAACCAUGUUAACUGAGAAAGCUGGAUAUUUAAUGAGGGAAUAUGUCAAGUAUAGUUUAUACGAUCGCAUCAGCACUCGUCCAUUCUUGGUUCCAAUAGAGAAAAAAUGGAUCGCCUUUCAAAUACUUUAUGCUCUUCAUCAGUGCCACAAAGUAGGGGUAUGUCAUGGAGAUAUCAAGCUUGAAAAUAUUCUAGUUACUUCGUGGCACUGGGUUCUUUUGUCAGAUUUUGCAUCGUACAAACCAACAUUCUUGCCAGAUGAUAAUCCUGCUGACUUUUCCUAUUUUUUUGACACAUCUAGGAGAAGAACAUGUUAUAUUGCGCCUGAAAGGUUUUUACGUAGUAUGGGUGGUGCAGAGACUGGAGGUCAGUUACUUUUUACUGAAGAAAAUGUCAGCUCAAGUGACUUAACUCCUGCAAUGGACAUAUUCUCAACUGGGUGUGCUUUAGCUGAAUUAUUUUCUGAUGGUGCUCAACCAACAUUCGAUCUUUCACAGUUACUUUCAUAUAGAGCGGGUGACCUAUCAUUAGAUCCAAUAAUUAAUAAGUUAGAGGAUCCUGCUGCCAAAGAGUUAGUGCGUGCAAUGUUGCACAUGGAUCCAUCUCAACGAUGUUCUGCCGAGCAUUACCUAGACCAAGAAAGAGGUCGACUUUUUCCUGAAUACUUUUACUCUUUUCUCCAAUCAUAUAUGCUCAUUUUCUCCUCAACGUCUCCCAUCCUCUCACCUGACGAGAAAAUUGAAAGACUGAAAAAGGAUGUGAAAAACAUAGUUAACUUGUUGAAAGUUGCGGAAGGAGAAAAUGUGAACUCAUCACCAGCAGAUAUGAAAGGCACAGGCCCAGAUUCUUUAGUUCUCAUCACUUCACUAGUCACAUCUUGCAUUCGGGGUUUACAUCUGUCCACAUCAAAGCUGCAGGCACUGGAUGUUCUGCUAGAACUCUCACAUCAUGUCGCAGCAGAAACCAUACUAGAUAGAAUAAUUCCAUACGUGUUUCACUUAGUCAAUGACCCGUGUCCUCGUGUCAGAGUGUCUGCAAUUCUCACGCUUAAUAAGAGCUUAGCCCUAGUCGAAUCUCCACCUUUGAGCGAUGUCAACAUAUUUCCUGAGUAUGUCCUGCCUGGACUAUCAUCUGUUGCCCGCGAUGAAGCAGUUAUUGUCAGGACAGCCUACGCUGAAACUAUAGCUCAAUUUGCAGAGACUGCGUUAAGGUAUCUUGAAAGAUGUCAUACGAAUCUCCUUCCCAACGAAACUACUCGUCAUAACUACGAAAGUGAAUAUGCAACUCUGCAUGAAAUGAUACAAUUGGCUGUCGCAACACUUCUUACUGAUUCUCAAAAUAUAGUGAAACAAACGCUCAUCGAGAAUGGUAUCACAAAACUGUGUGCCUUUUUUGGGAAACAGAAGGCCAACGAUAUCAUUUUGUCUCACAUGAUCACAUUUCUAAACGAUAAAGGAGAUCGGCAAUUGAGAGGCUCGUUUUUUGAUUGCAUCGUUGGGGUAGCAUCAUAUAUUGGCAUUCAAAGUUCACCCAUUCUCUGUCCUCUUUUACAGCAGGGUUUGACAGACGCAGAAGAGUUUGUUGUUGUAAAAGCAAUAAAUGCAAUGACUGCAUUAACCAAACUGAACUUAUUAUACAAGACGCACCAGUAUGAACUUAUUGGAGAUACUGCAUGUUUCCUUGUUCACCCUAACCUCUGGAUUCGCUUAGCUGUCGUAUCUUUUAUUAGUGCUUUAGGUCGAUCAUUAAACAUGGUUGAUGUGCAAUGCAAGGUUGUCUCGGCAAUGAAUCCUUACCUCAGGCAUAGCAUUAUUCAAGUUGAUCGAGAGGUCUUAGUUUUAAAUGCACUGAAAUCACCCAUUCCCCGCUCCAUUUAUAAUAGUAUUCUUAAAUGUUCACAAAUUGAUAUGUUUUUAGAAACACUCCAUGAGAGACAAAAAGCUCGUCAACUGGCAAGCUCUGGACACAUCCCAUCGCCUUCCUCAACAAAUCAAAGCAGAAACCUGUCCAGUUGUAAACAUCUGUUUCGAAACUUAGCUGCAGAAGGUAUGACAGAGGAUGUUGAAGACAUGCUUGUGUCCAUGGAUAAACAUCUUGAUAAGAUUCACCGGCACACAGUAGAACAAAAAAAUCAAAACACUGGCGUUAUUGAUCUGAUCAACGUUCCUCAUCCACAACUUAGGUCAAUCUCUCUUUCCAGGCUUGAUCCCAAAACGGAUUCCUCUUCGAUAUCAUUUCCUCGCAAGAGGGUCGUAGAUGAUUAUAGCAGCACAAUGAAUGAGGAGUGGCAGCACAUGUUCGGCAUUGCAGAUAUGUCUUUGAAGCCAAAUAGCACAUUAAGUAGUAUUUCUCCAUCUGAGCUGAGCUCUGCUGAAAGCCAACUACCUCCUAGAAGUCUGGAUUUUGAUUACAGUCUUCCGGAAAGGUCAUAUAUCCAAUACCGUUGUGCUCCUUGUCGAUUAGAAUUGCGUCAUUUGAUUGCUCGCAGGCAAGAACUUCAUUUGGUCUCUUGUCGGAAUCAAGAAAGCGGACAUGUCAACGAUUCAUGGAAUACCGUCACUCCACCCCCUGGUUAUAGGUUGCGAGGAACAUUAGUGGCACACUUGUAUGAGCACAAAGCUUCGGUUAAUCGCAUGGUAACGUUCCCAAAUUCACCUUUAUUUGCCAGCUGUUCAGCUGAUGGAUCGAUUCGAUUGUGGGAUGCUGUAAAAAUGGAAGGACGCAACAUUGCUAACAGAUCUCGGCAAGUGUUCAACAGUCAUUAUGGUCCAUUAGUAGGCUUAAGUCUGUGCCAUCAUGGUCAUUCGUUAGCAACGACUAGCCUCUCAGGCUCAGUAGUGGUCAUUAAAGUAGAUCCUCAUAGUAGUAAAAUGAGCAUUCUACAGAGCAGACAGCUUGACAUGCAAGAGGAAGGAAGUGCUGUAGAUAUUGCUCAGUUCGAUUCUGGUUCACAGUCAGUAUUAGUCUACGCGACAAUGUACGGGAGUAUUAUUGGCUGGGAUCUUCGAGCACCAGGAGUAGCUUGGAAGUUAGAAAACGACCUGAAGCAAGGCGUAAUAACAACCAUGUGUGUGGACUCCAAGCAGUGUUGUCUCACGCUUGGAACAAGCAGCGGUUACCAUACUUGUUGGGACUUGCGCUUUCGGCUUCCAGUCGCAACAGUAACUCACCCAGCAAACGCAAGGGUAAGAAGGAUGAUCAAACACCCGCUGCACUCUUCGUGGAUUAUAUCUGCAGUUCAAAGUAACAAUGAAGUUUCUAUGUGGAAUUUAGAAAGUGGUUUUCGGCAGGCUGUCCUCUGGGCUAGCACGGCACCGCCAUUGUCCAAUUCUCAAAUGAAUCCACACAGUGUAUGCACGCUUCUCGCGCCUAAUUUUACUCAGUCUCCGUUCCUCCUCACUGGUGGCUCUGACCAGCGAGUCCGAUACUGGGGCUUGGAUAACCUAAGUGACUCAUAUUUAGCCAUUCCAGCUGCAAGUGAUGUACCUGGCCAAACAAAUUUAUCAUAUAAAUGUAGAUUUAUCGAUGGCACAAACGUUGUCCAAGAAACACCCAUCAAACCUAGAACAUCGAGUACUUCUAAAGGAACCAAUAUUGAAGAGGCACCUAGAGCAGGACCAGACUAUCCACCUGCUGGCCAUCAAGAUGCUAUCACAGAUAUGGUCAUGGUGCAAGCAUCUCAAUGCUUACUUGUAACGGGCUCAAGAGAUGGUGUGAUAAAAGUGUGGAAAUAACUUUUAUUUUCAAUCCCAUAGAUCAAAUUUCUGUUUCUGGCAGUUUAAACAUGUCGAAACCUGCCAACGUGAUCUGCUAUGCAGUACCAAAACUUGGUGAAAAGUUUGCAGAAUGAAGCAGGUGCAUAAGCCUCUUUUGAUGAAGUUUAUGAGUGCCUUUUUCCCCAAAUGGAAUUGACUACCAAAGAGUGAGAGGGGGUAGAGAGAGACAGAGAGAAAGAGAAAUGUAUCUAUUCUCAUCGGAACUGACUGGGAAGUUAUUCAGUUUUUGGUUGAGGAGCAUAAUCAGGUUUGAUCCUUGCCCUUUUCACAUUGAAAAAUUUAAUAGCAUUAAAAACGUUUGUGUUCACUGUUCCUCCACAACAUUCUUGGUGGUAGCAGUCUUCCAUUCUAUAGGUUUGUGGUAGUCUUCCAUCAGCCAAUUACUACUUAUUUAUAACUUUUCCAAAAGUAGAAGCAAAAUUUUGAGCAUUGAUACUUCAAUGUUCUUUAAGUGAUGAACGUUGCCACUUCUUUUACAAUGAUUUUUCUGAGGGACCAGGUUCCAUCAACCUAUCUUGUGACAAGGUCGAUAAUCUUGGCAAAUUUCAACACCUGAGCCAGAAAACGGUAGUAGGUCCUUCCCCCGCACAUAAAUUGAAAGAAUUAUCUGCAAGAAAGAAAAUUUCAACAUUCUGAAAAUUAUAAUAUGUGAUAAUUUCAGUAGGGCAUUGGUUUCCUCAUCAAAUGCAAUUUUUUUGUAGCUAAAUCAUGAUUUUAUGCCUGUAAAUUUUCUCUUGUAAAAAUAUAUGGCGUCUGUUUAUGAGCUGACCUCAACUAAAUUUUAGGCCAGCUUGCAAUUUAUUUUAUCGCAAACGAUUCUUAAGACUCAUGUGCAGGAGCUUUCAUUGUUUUUGGCUUAAAUACUAAAAGUUUUCAAGAUUUUUUACUUAAUCGGUGAGAUGCCUAUCACGCCAGCUCCACCUUUCUGGACUAGGAACCUGGAGUUUUCUGAGGGAAAAAGAGAUGCCAGUCAGGCGAUCUGCUCGACUGUUUUUAGCAGGGUUCAGAACAUGUGACAAGACUGACAAUAAAAUCAUGCAUUAUACCUGUGGAGAUUCUACAAGAAUUUUAAAUCAUAGGGAUCGUUACUUAUUCGUCAGUUUAUAAUGGUUGAACUUGCGAACAAAAUUACUUCCUUCAACAACCCCUUUGAAUUGUAUCAGAACUUAGGUAAAGUAAUAGAUAUGCUUAAAUAUGUAUAGGUAAGUACAGUACAGUAAGCCGAAUGUUAAUCUGAAUUGCAUAAGACUUUCAAGUAUUUAAAAUUCCUGUAUUGCAGAUUGAAUUGUCCCAUUUUUACUAAUACAAGGUAAAUCUAAAAGAAUGUUUUAGUUUUUGAACUAAAUAGUCAUCAGUUAUGGUAAAGUGCUGUACCUAUGUUUCUCCUGUUGUCUGCUGAGACUCGAUUGUUUUUGGAUGGUUAAAGUUUUUGAUAAAAAGAGUUGCAAAUGUGCGAGUAAUAAACUAGGAACUACAUGAUAACAAUUGGAGGUACUGCUAGUCUUUUUGUCGUGGGCUGGAAACCAGUUUUUAAUUAAGUUUCUCAACUUUCACCCAUGCAAUCAAGGAAAUGUACUUAUGUGUUUAUUAGCAGUUUUGCACAGACCUAUUUGCCAAAUUAAAUAGAAUGAACUUAAAAAUUGUCUGCUCCCUCUCAAAUUCAUAAAUGCCAACUUUUGGAAUUCUGUAUCCUCACAGGAUUGCUCACGGGCAAUUGCCGACUCGUUUCCUGUUCUUUGAAGUCGUCGCUUGUUGGUCGAAUAAAAGAAAGUGAUAUACUAA